CAACUGUAUACUGCCAGGAAUCUUGUGGAAUAAAGUUUUACAUUAUUUAUCUGAAUCUGCAAAAUAAAUUAAGUUUUCAAAGAAAUGUAGUGGCGUAAAAAGUUAUAGAGCAGAAUAAUAUGAAUGUAAAUACUUUAGUGUAAGUAUAAGUACCUCAGGUCAAAAGGUGGUUUGCCGAACAUUUUCUGCUUUGAAAACACGUCUUUCGUGUUCAAUGUUCAAUUCAUUCUUUUAUUCUUCAAGUAAUGUGUCAUAUUUGAUCAGAAUACUGAAAGCAACAGAACUAAGUACACGUUGAUGUCUGUUUAUUUAUCUCAAGUAAACUCUGCGUUGCGAUAUUCAACGUUCUCGCAUUCCCCUGGUUCUUAAUGUAAGAUGCCGACCAGAUUAUCUGCCCAGAGAAUCGUUUGUUUACAUUCAUCCUGAUGCAAAAUAAAAAAAGGUUUUUCUUGUGUAGCAAAUGAACUCUCGUCGUGCAGCCCUGUGUUGCAUAAUGACAAUAAACUAUACCCUGACCGUGAGUCCUUGAAUGUAUCCCUCACAUUGUACUUGUGUUGUUGUUGUUGUGCAGGAUCAGGCGUUCGGUGAGCUGGAGAAGAACAGUGAUAAGCUGCAGCAGGGCACGUCCUCCUCCGACAGCAGCCAGCCGGCUCACCUCCACCAGCUCCUGUGCUCCCUGCAGAAGCAGCUGUUGGCGUACUGCCACAUCAACUCAGUCACCGAGAACUGCAGCAGUGUGGCUUUACUCCACAAGCAUCUGCAGCUCCUGCUGCCUCACGCCACCGACAUCUUCUCCCGCUCUGCUGCUCUGAUCAAAGAGAGUUCCUGGAACGGCAGCAUACGAGAGAAGCUGCAAGAUGUGAUCUACGUGUCGGCGGCAGGCAGCAUGCUGUGCCAGAUCAUCAACUCGUUGCUGCUGCUGCCGGUGUCGGUGGCAAGGCCUCUGCUGAGCCACCUGCUGGACCUGCUGCCUCCUCUGGACUGCCUCAACAGGCUGCUGCCUGCUGCCUCCCCUCUGGAGGACCAGGAGCUGCAGUGGCCCCUGCAUGGUACGUCUGACUUUGCUGAGCCGGCCUCGGGGAUGUCGCUGCCACAGCCGGCGCUCUCCUGGGUGUGGCUCGUGGACCUGGAGAGGACGGUCGCCCUCCUCGUGGGCCGUUGCCUCGGUGGGAUGCUGCAGGGGGCUGCUACCUCGCUGGAGGAGCAGGAUACCGCCUACUGGCUCAAAACUCCCCUCUUCAGCAACGGCUUGGAAAUGGACAUCCCACAGCUCGACUCGUGCAUCAGCUCAUUGCUGGAGGCAGCACUGUCCGGUGACGAAGAGCAGAAGCCCUUUGACUCCACACUGCGUCCCGACUUGAGUGUCUUGGUGGAUUUGGCGCUGUGUUCCUCUAAAGAACCUGCCAACAGCCUCUGGAUCAACAUGCAGGACUAUGGCAUGAGCAAAGACUGGGACAAUGCGUCUCUCAGUAACGAGUCCCUGUUGGACACUGUGUCCACGUUUGUGUUGGCAGCCUUAUUGAAGCACACAGGGCUGCUGGGCCAAGCCUGUGGAGAGGGCAGGUACCAACCAUCUAGGACCCUGGCGGAGGUCUAUCGCAGUGUCUACAAGGUGCGGAACCGCCUGCUGGCCUGUAAGAACAUGGACAUCGUCCAGACCAGAUCCUCUUCACGUGAGAGGAGGAUUUCAGACAAUCAGGACUCCCUCGACAUGGACCCUCAGGAGAACUCGUUCACGCGCACCAUCGACGAGGAGGCGGAGCUAGAGGAGAGAGCCGACCGUGAGAGAGAGGAGGGGCAUCAGGAACAGGACGACGAAGAGGAUGACCGGGAACACGAAGUAAUGACGGCUGGAAAAAUCUUUCAAUGUUUCCUCUCAGCGCGGGAGGUGGCUCGCAGUCGGGACAGAGAGCGGGCCAGCAGCAGCACAGGACUGGGCUCUGGCUCGGCCUCCAGGACCGGAGGAGGAGGAGGAGGAGGAGGAGGAGGAGGAGAGGAGGACACCGUCCUGUCUCAGGGUCUCCCAGAAGGCCAGGACCUGUACACGGCCGCCUGUAACUCUGUGAUCCACCGCUGUGCCCUGCUGCUGCUGGGGGUGAGCCCUGUGCUGGGGGAGCUGACCAAGCAGAUCCAGGAGGAGGAGGACCAGACCCAGUCCGCCACGGGAACACAGGAAUGUCUGAGCUUCAUGACCAGGAGCGAGAGUCUGAGCGCUGAGAGCCGCUCAGUGCAGAGCAGCCCGAGCUACAGACUCAUGAAGUCCAGGAGCGAGUCAGACCUCUCUCAGCCGGAGUCAGACGAGGAGGGGUGCACUCUGAGCGGAAGGAGGAACGUUGACCCGGACUUGGCGUUCUCUCACAAAAAGAGAGUUUAUUUGCUUCUUUUGGGGCAGUUGAGCCCCAAAGACAAGAGGAGCUCCAAGCAAGUACACGAUGGCUUACCUCAGAGCUCACCGGACUCCCUGGCCGAGUCCUGGUUCCGGGCCAAACUGAGCCGACAGCGGAGCUACAGCUCGGCACUGUUCUAUGAGGAGUCGGACCUGGACCUGAGCCGCUCGCUGGGCAUCCACGCUCUCAUCGACAACAUGGUCAGCUUCAUCAGCGGCGAUGUGGGCCUUGCUCCGGCCUUCAAGGAGCCAGAGGAAAGUAUGUCCACCAGCCCACAGGCGACUAUCCUGGCCAUGGAACAGCAACAGAGCAGGGCAGAGCUGCGGUUGGAGGCGCUCCACCAGAUUGUGGUGUUGAUCUCCGGCAUGGAGGAGAAGGGCAGCCAGCCCGGGGACGCGGAUCGAUCCGGCGGCGCCUUCCAGUCCUCCUCCCUGCUCACCUCCGUGAGGUUGCAGUUCCUGGCGGGUUGCUUUGGCCUCGGCACCGUGGGCGCCGGAGGCCUGAAGAGGGAGAGCGUGCAGCUGCAUCACUACCAGGAUGGUGUAAAAGCAACGAAGAGGAGCCUCCAGAUGGAAAUCCAGACAGCUGUUCAUAAGAUCUACCAGCAACUGUCUGUCACACUGGAGAGAGCACUGCAGGCAAACAAGCACCACAUAGAAGCUCAGCAGCGCCUCCUGCUGGUCACCGUCUUUGCGCUGAGCGUCCGCUACCAGCCGGUGGACGUAUCCCUGGCCAUCUCCAGUGGGCUGCUCAGCGUGCUGUCUCAGCUCUGCGGGACGGAGACGAUGCUGGGCCAGCCGCUCCAGCUGCUGCAGAAACCCGGAGUGUCUCAGCUCAGCACCGCCCUCAAGGUGGCCUCCACACGCCUGCUGCAGAUACUGGCCAUCAGCACCGGGACGUACGCGGACAAGUUGAGUCCCAAGGUUGUCCAGUCGCUGCUGGAUCUGCUCUGCAGUCAGCUGAAGAACCUGCUGUCCCAGGCGGGAGUCAGUCUUCUCUCUUCUGGAAAAGACCAAGAGGACAGCAAACAGGAGGACGGAGCAGACUCUGAAAAGAAAGACUUCAGAGCGUUGAUCCGUAAGCAGCACACUGCUGAGCUGCACCUCGGAGACUUCCUCGUCUUCCUCAGGAGAGUGGUGUCCUCCAAGGCCAUCCAGUCCAAGAUGGCCUCCCCUAAAUGGACCGAAGUGCUGCUCAACAUCGCAGCGCAGAAAUGCUGCUCAGGGGUCCCUCUGGUGGGCAACCUGAGAACUCGGCUCCUGGCUCUUCAUGUGCUGGAGGCUGUCCUUCCUGCCUGUGAGGCCAAUAUGGAGGACGACCAAAUGACACAGGUUGUCGAGCGGCUCUUCGCCCUUUUGUCCGACUGCAUGUGGGAAGCUCCCGUUGCUCAAGCCAAACACUCGAUCCAGAUUAAAGAAAAAGUUCAGGAACUCAAACUGCAGGGCGAGUCAGAGGAGGAGGACGAGAACCUUCCCAUCCAGGAAGUGUCCUUUGACCCGGAGAAGGCUCAGUGUUGCUUGGUGGAGAACGGCCAGGGUCUGACGCAUGGCAGUGGGGGUAAAGGCUACGGCCUGGCCUCUUCCGGCGUCUCCUCUGGAUGCUACCAGUGGAAGUUUUACAUCGUGAAGGAGAACCGAGGCAAUGAGGGCACGUGUGUGGGCGUUUCACGAUGGCCCGUGCACGACUUCAACCACCGCACCACGUCGGACAUGUGGCUGUACCGGGCAUACAGCGGGAACCUCUAUCACAACGGAGAGCAGACGCUGACUCUGAGCAGCUUCACUCAGGGAGACUUAAUCACCUGCGUCCUGGACAUGGAGGCCAGAACCAUCUCCUUCGGCAAGAACGGAGAGGAACCAAAGUUGGCCUUCGAGGACGUUGACGCCACAGAGCUCUAUCCCUGUGUGAUGUUCUACAGCAGUAACCCAGGAGAGAAGGUUAAGAUCUGUGACAUGCAGAUGAGGGGCACACCUCGAGACCUCUUACCUGGCGACCCGGUCUGCAGCCCCAUGGCCACCGUCCUGGCCGAGGCCACCACGCAGCUGAUCCGCAUCCUGCAUCGCACCGACCACUGGACCCACCGCAUCAACGAGACCAUGACCGAGCGGCUCCACAGGAUCAAGCCUUGCUUUAGGGAGUCCGCCGGCACGUCCGGUGGCGGGGGUCAGAGGCUGAAGAAGAGUCGCUCGGUGCAGAGCCGCGAGGAGCACGACGCCCAGAGGGAAAGCCAGGAGACGCCCACGAGGACGGAGGAGGAGCGGGGACGCCACGGGCGGCAGCACGGCCUGGGGGAGCUGUCGGAGCACCACCUGAGGACGCUCUGCACGGAGGUGUGGCCGGUCCUAGCGGUGAUCGGAGGGGCGGACGCGGGCCUUCGUGUCGGCGGGAGAUGUGUGCACAAGCAGACCGGAAGGCACGCCACACUGCUGGGCGUGGUGAAGGAAGGCAGCACCUCGGCGAAGGUGCAGUGGGACGAGGCCGAGAUCACCAUCAGCUUCCCAACUUUCUGGUCGCCUAGUGACACUCCGCUUUACAACCUGGAGCCCUGCGAGCCGCUGCCCUUCGACGUGGCGCGUUUCCGUGGCCUCACCGCCUCGCUGCUGUUGGACCUCACCUACCUCACCAGCAUCCACGAGGAGACCGCCGCCAAGCUCAGCUCGCGACGCCACGACAAGAAGCACCGCGGCGCGGCCUCGUCCGGGCAGGAGCCAGCCGGGAACGAGGACAAGGCGGAGAGCGAGGAGCACAACCGCAACGAGCAAAAAGAUAACGGCGGAGCGGCUCCAAACACCACGACCUCUGACCUCCGAGUGUCCCACAGCCUGGACGAGGUGAAAGCACACGCGGCGCCCAACUCAAAGUCGGAGAGCGAGAUCUCCUCUGUGGCUGGCGGGAACGAGACCCUCUUCACCGCGGCUCCUCACACUCCCGCCGAGGGGAACAGGAAGAAAGGCCACGAGCACGGAUCCCGCAGCCACGAGUCCUCCUCUGUUGCCACGCAGUCUGAAAUCCAUGCGGUGCAGCUGUCCUACCUCUACCUGGGAGCCAUGAAGACCCUCAGCACCCUGCUGAGCUGCAGCAAGUACGCCGAGCUGCUGCUCAUACCAAAGGUGAUACCAGAAGCAGCGCCCAGCGGCCACAAUGCGGAUCUGAACACCGGCACCGGAGGAAGCACAGCUGCCACCUCGCCGGUGUGCCAGGAAGAAGUGGAGAUGCGGGCGGCUCUGCAGUUCCUCAUGCGCCACAUGGUGAAGCGGGCGGUGAUGCGCUCCCCCAUCAAGCGGGCCUUGGGCCUGGCCGACCUGGAGAGGGCGCAGGCCAUGAUCUACAAGCUGGUGGUGAACGGGCUGCUGGAGGAGCCCAGCGGGGGAAAGGCCAAGCCUGGAGUUAGGAGUGAACCAGAAGGUGAGGGGGAAGGCACAGAGGGCGAGCAGUUGGCUCAAACCCCGAUCACCACCAGCCCCUCGGCCUCCAGCACCACCUCCUUCAUGAGCUCCUCGCUGGAGGACACCACGACUGCCACCACGCCCGUCACAGACACGGAGACCGUCCCCGCCUCGGAGUCUCCGGGGGUCAUGCCUCUUAGCCUCCUCAGGCAAAUGUUCUCGAGCUACCCGACCACCACCCUGGUUCCAACCCGGCGAGCUCAGACUCCUCCGGUGUCAUCUCUGCCGACCUCGCCCUCCGACGAGGUCGGCCGCCGGCAGAGUCUCACCUCCCCCGACUCCCAACCCUCCAGACCUCAGAACAGAAUGGGUACCUCUCUGUCGGACCCCAGCAGCCGGCUGUCCACGUCUCCUCCUCCUCCUCCUGCCAUCGCUGUGCCCCUGUUGGAGAUGGGCUUCUCUCUGCGCCAGAUCACCAAAGCUCUGGAAGCCACUGGCGCUCGAGGCGAAGCAGACGCUCAGAACAUCACGGUGCUCGCCAUGUGGAUGAUCGAGCAUCCGGGCACGGAGGACGAGCACGACGAGCCUCACACCAGAGGAGGCGUCGACGGGUCCGACUCGUCCUGUCCCGGUGCAACGGCCUCUUCUGGAGGCAAAUCUCUGGACCGGAGCCCGUACCUGUGCUCGCCCGGAGACAUCGCCAGCGCAGAUGCUUCAGAGAUGGAGGAGGGCUUCAGCGAGAGUCCUGAGGGCCUGGACCAGGACAGUGCGGCGGCCUCCAGCGGCGGUCCGCUCAGAGGCCGCUCCGCCGUCGGCAGGAAACACCGCUUCGACCUGGCUGCGCGCACGCUGUUGGCCCGCGCUGCCGGACUGUACCGCUCGGUGCAGGCUCACCACAGCCAGUCACGCCGAGAGGUCUCGUCCCUCCAGCAGCAGCAGGACCCGGGCGCCCUCUACGACUUCAACCUGGACGAGGAGCUGGAGAUGGACCUGGACGAGGAGACCAUGGAGGCCAUGUUCGGCCAGGACCUCGCCAGUGACACCGACAUUCUGGGAAUGUGGAUCCCGGAGGUACUGGACUGGCCAACAUGGCACGUAUGCGAGGCCGACGACCGGGACGAGGUGGUGGUGUGCGAGUUGUGCGAGGCCAACGUGGCCAACUUCAACCAGCACAUGAAGAAGAGCCACCCGGGCUGCGGACGCAGCGCCAACCGCCAGGGUUACCGAAGCAACGGCUCCUACGUGGACGGCUGGUUCGGAGGAGAGUGCGGCAGCGGUAACCCGUACUACCUGCUGUGUGGAGGCUGCAGAGAGAAGUACCUGGCCAUCAAGAGCAAGGCCAAGGUCCCCAUCGUGGAGAGGUAUAAAGGACAGGCUCCGGACCUGCUGGGAAAGCAGGACAGUGUCUAUGAAGAGGACUGGGACAUGCUGGAUGUCGACGAAGACGAGAAGCUGACGGGGGAGGAAGAGUUUGAGCUGUUGUCCGGACCGUUGGGCCUCAGCGAGCGCAGGAUCGUCCCCGAGGCCGUCCAGUUCCCCGACAGCGACCCGCUGGGGGCCUCCGUUGCGAUGGUGACGGCCAGCAACAGCAUGGAGGAGACCCUGCUGCAGAUAGGCUGUCAGACCUCGGUGGAUAAGAGUUCAUCGGGCAGAGUGACCCUCGGCGAGCAGGCGGCCGCCCUCCAGAACCCCCACGACCGGGUGAUGGCGCUGAGGAGGGUGACGGCUGCGGCCCAGGUGCUGCUGGCCCGGACCAUGGUGAUGAGAGCCCUGUCCCUGCUGUCCGUCAGCGGCUCGAGCUGCAGCCUCGCAGCCGGUCUGGAGUCUCUGGGUCUAACCGACAUCAGGACUCUGGUCAGGCUGAUGUGUCUGGCGGCAGCCGGCCGAGCCGGUCUGUCCACCAGCCCCACGUCGGGCUCCGGUCACGCCGAAAGGCCCCGUGGGGCCGCCAAGGCCAGCAAACCCAUCUCCUGUCUGGCUUACCUCAGCACCGCGGUGGGCUGCUUGGCCUCCAACAGUCCCAACGCAGCCAAGCUGCUGGUGCAGCUCUGCACUCAGAACCUGAUCUCUGCAGCGACCGGCAUGAAUCUGACGAUGGUGGACGACCCAAUCCAGAGGAAGUUCCUGCCCAGCUUCCUGCGCGGCGUUGCCGAGGAGAACAAGCUCGUCACCUCCCCAAACUUCGUGGUGACUCAGGCUCUGGUGGCCCUGCUGGCAGACAAAGGGGCCCGACUCAGACCUGCGUAUGACAAGGCUGAUAUGGAGAAAAGAGGUCUAAUUGCGCAUUUGUAUGCCCACCCUUCCCAUAAUCCCUCCGCUGUAGGGCCUCUGGAGCUGGCCAACGCUCUGGCGGCCUGUUGCCUUUCCUCCCGGCUGUCCUCGCAGCACCGCCAGUGGGCCGCCCAGCAGCUGGUCCGCACGCUGGCCGCCCACGACCGCGACAACAACCACAGCCGGCCGCAGACCUUCGCCGACAUGGCGGGAGACCUGCGGAAGUGCUCCUUCAUCAAGCUAGAGGCUCACCAGAGCAGGGUCAUCACGUGCGGUUGGUGCAGUAAGAAAGGCCUGUUGGCUACGAGUGGCAAUGACGGGACGGUGAGGAUGUGGAACGUGACCAAGAACCAGUACACCCUCCAGCAGACCUGCAUCUUCAACAAGGAUGACGGCUCUUCAGAGGACGGCAUGUCCGGUUUGGGGUCUCCCAGCGACCCUUGCAUGUCUCCUCUGGCUUGGAGCGUCACUGGAAAAUACCUGGCGUCGGCCAUGGAGAAAAUGGUCAACAUCUGGCAGGUUAACGGCGGUAAGGGCCUGUUGGAUGUGCAGCCUCACUGGGUGUCGGCGUUGGCUUGGCCUAAAGAGGAGGCCGAGUCCCUGUGGUGCGGGGAACCCAAAGACAUGCUGCUGGUGGGACGGAUGGACGGAUCUCUGGGCCUCAUCGAGGUGCUGGACACCUCCAGCAUGCACCGCACCGAGCUGGAGCACUGCUACCGGAAAGACGUGGCCGUGAUGCACAUCGCCUGGUACAGUGAGGACAAGCCGUUUGCGGUGGGCUACGCAGAUGGAAAGCUGCUGAUUGGAUCCAAAGAACCUUUAGAAAAAGGAGCCAUCGUGGUCAUCGACGCUCACAAGGAGUCCAUCACCAGUAUGAAGUGGAGUCCUAACGGUCAGAUCUUGCUGACCUGUGCCAAAGAGGAGACGGUGAAGCUGUGGGCCAGUCCGGACUGUCACUCGGGCUCCGGCUGGCACUGCCUGCAGAGUCUUCGACACCCGUCCCCGGUGAACGGCGUGGCCUGGUGCGGCCUGCUGGGACGCGGCCCGAAGACUCUCAGCAUGUUAGCCAUAUGCUGCCAGAACGGCCACGUCUCAGUCUGGACUGUUCCUCAAAACAUCUCUAACUUCCCAGAUUCCUCUUCCUCUGACUCUGAGGGAUGGUGGGAGAAUGAAGUAAAACCUAAAUUCAUGUCUUCCCGGUGGUCGGGCAGAGGAGCGACGUGUGUUUUCCAGCUGAAGGGCCACAUCACCCCGGUGAGAACGCUGGCCUUCAGCCCCGACGGCCUGGCUCUGGCAUCUGGAGGAGUGGGAGGCCUCAUGAACAUCUGGUCCCUGCGGGACGGGUCGGUGCUGCAGACAGUGGUCGCCGGUUCAGGUGCGAUCCAGAAUAUUGUCUGGAUCCCAGAUGUUGGUGUGGCCGUCUGCUCCAACAGGUCCAAGGACGUGCUGGUGGUGAACUGCUCCAAAGAGUUCAUGGCGUCCAACCAUGUGCUGGCCACUUGUCGCACCGCUCUGAAGAAGCAGGGAGUGGUCGGCCUCAACAUGGCGCCCUGCAUGAGGGCCUUCCUGGAGAGACUUCCUGUCAUGCUGCAGGAGCAGUACGCCUACGAGAAGCCCCACGUGGUGUGUGGCGAGCAGCUCGUCCACAGCCCUUACAUGCAGUGCCUAGCCUCCCUGGCCGUGGGGCUCCACCUGGACCAGCUCCUGUGUCGCCCCCCCGUGCCGCCCAACCUCCGACACUGCCCACCGGAGUCUGGCACGGCCGUCUGGUGCGCCAGCGAGUGGUCCUGGUUGGACUGCUUCUCUACGACGGUCAAGGCGGCGGAGGCCCUCGCUCGAGGCACCUCCUUCUCCGAGUCGUUCUCCGUUCCCGACCUGGAGCCCGUGCCCAAAGACGAGAUGGCUCUGCUCAUGGACAACAGUAAAUGGGCAUCUGGUCUGGAUGAACAGAUCAUGUCCUGGGCCACCUCCAGACCAGAGGACUGGCACCUCGGGGGGAAGUGUGAUGUGUAUCUGUGGGGUGCCGGGCGACACGGCCAGCUGGCAGAGGCCGGCAGAAACAUCCUGGUGCCCACAACCGCCCCGUCCUUUUCUCAGGCACAACAGGUGGUGUGCGGUCAGAACUGCACCUUUGUGAUCCAGCCCAACGGGACGGUGUUGGCCUGCGGGGAGGGAAGCUACGGCCGUCUGGGUCAGGGCAACUCUGACGACCUGCACGUCCUCACCGUCGUCUCAGCUCUGCAAGGUGGAGCUGAAAUAUCACACCCACACACACACACACACACACACACUGUUAAGAUUCACUAAUAUGUUUGACACUAAGACGUGCUCACCUGUGUGUCCUCUGAUAGCUUUUAAUCAAAUCUAUUGAGGUUUGAAUAACUCUGACUCAACGACUGUCAUAAGAUUUUAAAACCUACAGUUUUGAGUUGUGAGAAAGUUAAUAUAUUUUCCAGCAAAUGUUGAUUCGAUAUGACUUAUUGAAAUAACAGCUCUAGCUUACUGACUUUACUCUUUAUUUUUCAUGAGCUCUUAAAUCCGAACACUGGAGGUCCUUCUGCAGAAUUAUUAAGUUUUUAUAAGCUUAAAGAGACUUAUCCUGAAUCAACGCUUUAAAGCACCAAAGUCACACAAUAACACAAAAACACUGGAAAAUAAAAUAAAACCAGGCGGCAACCUGGAAAGUUCAGAAAAGUGAAAUCAAAGCUUCAUGUGUUAAAGCUGCAUUCUCUCUAGU